AUGGAGCGGGCAGGGGCGGCCCGGAGGGCGGCAGAGGGCUGCCGCAGUGGCUGUGAGGUGGUUCAGCCUGGCUCUCCCCCUGGCCCCGCUCCCCGGCGUCCGAUGAUGAGUCUGACCCCUUCCAGGGGAUGCCUCCUGGACCUGCCCUGGGAAGACAUCCUGGUGCCACACAUCCUCUGCCACCUGCCCCUGCAGCAGCUCCUCAGCCUGCAGAGGGUCAGCAGGGCCUUCCAGGCCCUCAUCCAGCUCUACCUGGCCAACAUGCGCUGCUUUGACUCAACACAGGCUUCCUUCGGGCUCCCCGUGCAGAUCGGAGGCCUCCAUCCCUCGGGCUGCUUUGUCAACCUGCUUGAAGGACAACGAAGUGCUGCAGCAGCUGUGCCUCCAGAACUGCUCCGAGUGGCUGACGACAGGGAGCUGCUCCCGGUCAUCGGGCAGAACCAGCACCUGCAGCGGGGUCCAGCUGAAGGGCUGCGCCCAGCUGAGCCGCCACGCGCUGGUGGCCCUGUCCCUCAGCUGCCCCGGCCUCAGGCACCUCUCCCUGGCCCACUGCGAGUGGGGUGGACAGCCUGGCCCUGCGCAGCCUGGCCGACCCACUGCCCGGGGCUGCAGGCCCUGGACCUGACUGCCUGUCGCCAGCUGAAGGACGAGGCCAUCUGCUACCUGUGCACAAGUGUGGAGGCCUCAAGUCCCUGUCCCUGGCUGUCAACGCCAACGUGGGCGACGCCGCCGUGGAGGAGAUCGCCAGGUGCUGCCCCGAGCUGGAGCAACCUCGACCUCACGGGGUGUCUGCGGGUCAAGAAUGACUCCAUCAGGUACUGA